AUGGUGCUCCUUUCUGGAAGCAUGGCGCGAUCUGGUCACCGGGGGUGUUGCUAUGUUCUUCACCUCCGGGAGGAUAACGCCAGAUUUAUUCUGCUGUUCAUUGUUUUGGGGAUCUAUAUGAUCACUGGAGCUGUAGUGUUUAUGAUUCUAGAGCAGGAUAACGAAGUGCUGGAGAAACAAGUAUACCUGGAUAGGUUAGACACGUUUCUCAGAGCUUACCCGUCCAUCAACAGGACAGAUUUCGACGCCAUUCUACAGAUUCAUGCGGAAGCAGAUUCCGCAGGGUUUGCUGGUACCAAACGACCACGAUGGGAUUUCCCGGGCUCAUUUUAUUUCGUUGGAACAGUCGUAUCUACAAUAGGUUUUGGAAUGACGACUCCGCGAACUAUUGCUGGCAAAAUAGUUCUUAUUUUCUACGGCUUCUUCGGGUGUGCUGGAACCAUUCUCUUUUUCAACCUGUUUCUGGAACGAAUCAUUACCUUUCUCGCCUAUAUCCUCCGAUCCAUCCACGAGAGAGAGUUAAAACGGAAAGGACUGACGAACGGGUCACAUGACUCCAGACGUGGUUCUCAAGUAUCCGACGACGACCGAUUGGACACUUGGAAACCCUCAGUAUACUGGGUAAUGUUGAUAUUAUUCUUGGGGGCAGUCAUAGUAGCUUGUUGUGCCUCCGCGAUGUACCACCCAGUGGAAGACUGGACAUAUUUUGAAGCCAUUUAUUUUUGUUUUGUGACAUUUGCAACGAUAGGGUUUGGUGAUUAUGUUGUUAGUCAAAAAGAGAGUUAUCCUAAUGUUCAUCUUUACCGGUUCGGAAACUUUAUAUUUAUAGUAAUAGGCUGUUGUUGUAUAUACAGUCUGUUUAACGUGGCAUCCAUCGUUAUUAAACAACUCCUUAACUGGAUUAUCAAAAAGCUUAACUGCAGGUGCCGAAGGAGGAAAAAGUCGAAAGGUCGGCGAAACGCCAUUACGCCGGGGCACAUUCACAGGGGAUCCAAAAUGAACAAAUCCAAGGCAGUAACCGUUGAGUGUGAUAGUGACUCGGACGGUCGGCGAAAUUCGGACGAAAUGAUUUCCAUGAGGGAUUUCCUUCAAGCAAAUAAAAUAUCUCUCGCCAUGAUGCAGAAGCAGCUGUGGGAAACAUCACAAAGAGGAAUGAACUCCUCCAAUGGAAGUGGUUUCCAAGGUCCAGUUGGACCGUUGGCGAUUCUCAACAGAAAGCUAGGCCAGGAAGAAGUGUGA